CGUCCAGAGUUUCCGCAUUGAGACAAUGCCUCAGCCGCAAGUCUUGACCUAUUGGUCUCGAGAGAAUGUUGCGGCUCGCGUGCGCCGGGAUUACUGCAGCUCGAGGCCGAGCACUAACCACACUUCUCCCAUGCAUGAUGCAUCAAACCAAUAGAUUGGUGGCCCGGUUCAAGUCAGGUAGCCACAUGUCGCUGUCGCCCAAGAGAAGGCUGAAGAGCCAGAGCAAAAUCUAUAAACAGGCGGUCAGGUUCGGGGCUGUCGUGUACUCUCCAGAAACUUGUUCCUUUUCUUUUUCACCAAAGGAAACAGAAGUCAACCCAAAUCUUUACUCCCUUGUCGAGCCCUUGUUUUCGCCAGCACCAUGCUGUCCAGUGCCGUGGCCAGACAUUGGGGAUUCGGGAUCAUCAGCGCCCUGCUUUGCUCAAUAGCCUGGAGAGCAGUGAUCCCCAGGCUAUCGAGCACGGCGCCGCCGCCCAUCACCCUUCCGAUUGCAGCGGCAUGGGUUUACCUCUCGGAUAACCAGAACUACACCGAGAUCCCUUCCCAGUGGCUGCAGAUCAACUUCACGGUCGCUGAUGUUCUUCUCGUGGGGCCUGUGGGCCUCCAGGAGGACGGCACGUUCGGUCUCUACUCUUCGCAGCAGACCGGCCCCCUCGCGAAUCGGUUCAAUUGGGUCAUCCACCAAGCCAGGUCCAUGAAUCCCGAUAUAAAGAUCAUUGCUUCUCAAUGGUGGGGCUCGUCACCCAGCAUCUGGGGCUACGAUAUCUCUGCACUCCAGAAUGAGACGGCAAUUCAAAAAUACGCCGCGUCCGUGGCGACCUUCAUCCAGGCCUGGUCAAACGUCUCGGGUGGGAUCGACGGCUACGACAUUGACUACGAGUCUUCAAACGUUCAAGACUACGCUCCCGCUCUGCUGACGCUCGUCCGACAGGGCCUCGACGCCCUCGGAAAAGCAGAAGGGGCCCGCAAGUUCUACUUGACCGUCUCCCCCGCCAACACCGGCUACCUCGACGAGACGACGCAGGUCGUCGACUUUGUCAAUAUGCAGACGUAUGCGGGCGGGUCUGGCAUCACUCCGCAGACACUCGUCAGUCUCGGGUUCAAGUCCGACCAGCUGCUGUAUGGCAUCUGUCCUGAGACGAACUGCGGCGGCCAGACCAUUGAACAGGUCGAGCAGCAGUACACGGCCAACAAUAUGGCGGGCAUCCAUGUCUGGCGCCUGAACUCGGGCAAUCUGGUUGACGAGGGCAAGACGGCGGCCCAGGUUUACGAGUUUUUGCACCCGCAAAAGUAUUUCGAUUGAAGUGAGAGACGAAGUAAACGAGCAGACGCGGGCAACAUCGGAUUUUAUCUGUCUUUUUUUUGUUUCUCUUUCCUUCUUUUACUGUUUCUCCCUUUUAGAUAGCGGGAAC